AUGGCAUAUACACGUCGCAAUAAAGAACUCCAAUGCUUCAAAGAACAAUGUACUCUGAUAUCCCUCAACAUGGGUGGUAAUGGCCUCCUCGGAGUUGGGGGACACUAUGUCCUUGUCAGCCCAGUUGCAAUCUUUUCGGACCGUGGGGAGGUCCUCUUCGGUUUUUUGUCGUUUCUGUCACAGCGUAUUGAAGAAGGAUUCGGGGAGCACAUGUCGUUUCUCGUCAACUUACUCUCCACGAAACGAGGGGACUAUCUGGAUACGGGUACGGGCUCAUGGUACACCCUGCCUACCAUCAAUUUUCCUGAUAAGAAAGUGACUCUGGUGCACAAGGGAUCAAGAUUAUUGGAAUUCAUCAGAGAAAGUGCAAGCAGAAAGACACUAAAUUGGCUUACUCCAAAGAAAGUUGAAAUCAUCUUAGGUCAAUCUGCCGAUUUAAACUCUGCAUCAGGUGGAAAAACCAUAGUUGCUGAUUGCCAUUUCAUUUGCAUAGGAAAACCAAAUGGUUCGACAUGGCUAAAAGAAACUAUCUUAAAGGAUAGUUUGGACAGUCAUAGUAGGCUAAUGGUUGAUUCAAAUUUGAGAGUCAAGGGUCACUACAAUAUUUUUGGCAUUAGAGAUAUCACUGAUAUUCUAGGAGCAGAAGAUAAAAAAUUGACAUAAUAUGCCAGCUACUAAGCCAUUUGCCAUAAUUUCACUGGGGAGAAAGAAAGCGGUGGCUCAAUUUCUCUGUUUCUCUAUUGCUGGACGCGUCAUCUGGGGAUUUAAUUGUUGGAACAACGCGAAAGGGACUUGGUCUGCAACCUGAUGUCUAGUAGUCUUGUAUAUAUCAGGAUAUAUACAAGUCGCUAUAUGAGUUGGUGUGUUGAGUUUGAUCAUUCUUCUUAGGAGUGGAUGUUGUUUUGAGUUUGUGGUCAUUUUUGUAACUGGUGUUGUAUACUGUUAGAUGCUUCUUUCUAACUGAUUUGU